AUGAUCGGCUUCAAGUACGUCGUGGCUAAGUCGCGGGAGCUGUCAUCUGUAGUAGAGCGGGAAUUAUCGGCCACUAGCAACCGCUCAAACCCCUUCACAUCUGGGGUCAUAAAUUCAACGACUGAUCCACCGUCUGAAAACGAUGUGACGGUUGCAGCAGAGGCUCAUGAAGGAUCCGGUCGCAAUGAAGAACUUGACAUCGCCUUGAGCCAGACACGUACUGCGCUACACGCUCAAGUCGCCAGUGAGCGAUUUUUGACUCAAAAUUUUCAUUUGGUGUCCAAAGUACGCGAACAGCUCGAGGGUAUCCGGACUUUAGUGGUUAAAAUAGCCGAGAAAGCCGACGAGGUGGAAAUGCUACUAUUACAACGCUGUGAAGAGAACGCAGCCCGCCAGAAUGCUGAGUUUGCGGCCAAGCAACAACACGAGCUUGAGAACUUUGAAGCUCAAAUUGCUCAGGAGUCCGAAGGUCGCAAGCGCGAGGAAUUGGAACUGAGACGGCAAAAGCUCUAUGAUGCUUUUAUAAACGAUCUCCAUGCAUAUCAAAAGGUGAUAAAUCAUGAGGUGGACCUAGUAGUCACUGCCGAUCCAGACCAGUUAGCCGCCUUUUACGAUUCUGAGUCGGACCACGAUGAGGGAGAAACGCAGGGUCUGUCAUUCUAG